AUGAACAACAUAUAUUUCAUAGCACUUGUGAUUACAUUUUAUAAAUGUAACGUUUAUUGUUCGCUUUUCAGAAACUGGAACUCAAUAGCAAAAGCUACCUUCAAAAGUGGUAAAGAUACCUAUAAAUCCCUGCUGGAUAAAAUUAAAGAGAAGGAAGAGGACUGCAUCUCACUGGUGUCAAUAGAUAAGCACAUUUCUAGCGACAUUCCAGUGGAUUUGGAAUAUUUAAAAAACAGCAAGGACCCGUAUCCAUGUCUUACACAACUAACGAAAAAUGUUAUUUACAUUAACCAUGUGACCAACGGUCAUACUUCUACAGGAGAUGAAUUCGACAUUAACCUGGAUACGGACAUUCACACUGAGUUAAACUACUCAAAAAUCAUCAACGAAGCCGGCUGUUGGAAGUUUGUCAUCAAUGAAAUUAACUCGCUGGACGUUGAAAGCUGCGACUUCAACGGCGACGCCUCAAGGUCGCUGAUAGCGCUGGCAAAGACGAAGUGCCACUUCUUAAGAGCAAACAGGAAAUUUCCAACGAGGAAGGAAGGAUGUGUCCUGAAUCCGAGUGUUCUGACCCAUGAAGAGAUCAACGGAUUGACAGUCAGUGGCACGAGUGAUGAUGCUGGCGACGACGUUGAGGCCGGCGCCGAUUGGGACUAUAACCCGUGUUUGGUCAGCUACAAGGGCGCCGACUGCGAAAAGAUAAAACGAAAAAUAGUAUCGCACUGUACCAGCGUAAUGUCAGAAUCGGCAUUUCAGAUGUACCACUCGGACUUAAAUCACAUAGAGGAAAUCUUAAUAUGUAGAAGUGUCUUGGAAUAUUUUGAAUGGAAAAGGGCUGAUAUGGUCCAUCGAAUAAGAAAUUUAGAAGUUGUUGCAAACAUUGGAAGAUCAAAAAAUAGAAUUAAGAAAGAGUUGAAAAAAAAAUCAAGUAGAUAUUUUCGAUAUAGAGAUAAGAACAGAGUCGAUUGUUUGGAGAAAAAGCAAAAAAAUAAAAAGAUUUCUGAAACACACCGAGGAUUUUAG